GGAAGGAGACGUGUGUGUGUGUGUGUGUGUGUGUGGAGGGGGGGCUGUGGAAUUUAAGCUGAGUAUUAAGCUCCCCUUUCCCACUCAGAGAAAUCCUGUUAUUUUCCCAGCGACUGCUCAUCAGCCCCCUUCUGCUGCAAUGUGGUUUAUAAAAAUCACAGUUUUCCUCUUAUUUUUGGUCCUGACCAAGCAACAGUUCCCCCGGCUUUGCACAACCAGAGAAGCCCUGCUGACCAAGGAGUGCUGCCCGCUUUGGGAAGGAGAUGGCUCAGCCUGCGGGGCCAGGUCGGGCAGGGGCUCCUGUGAGGAUGCGGCAGUCUCCGACCAACCGGAUGGACCCCAGUACCCCUUCUCUGGGUUGGACGAUCGUGAGAAAUGGCCCUUGGUCUUCUACAACCGGACUUGUCAGUGUGCUGGCAACUUUAUGGGCUUCAACUGUGCUGACUGCAAGUUUGGCUACUUUGGUGAGAACUGCAACGAAAGAAGAGAAACUCUGAGGAGGAACAUCCAUCACCUGACCAGGUCUGAGAGGAACAGGUUGGUGUCUUACCUGAACUUGGCCAAGCAGACAGUCAGCAGGGACUACGUGGUAGCUACGGGGACCUACAGGGAGAUGGGGAACGGCUCCAGCCCCAUGUUUGCUGAUGUGUCCGUGUACGAUGUGUUUGUGUGGAUGCAUUACUACGUGUCGCGGAAUGCGCUGCUAGGUGGACCGGGUAAUGUAUGGCCUGAUGUGGACUUUGGCCACUGGGCGCCAGCGUUUUCCCCAUGGCACCGGGUUUACCUACUGCACUGGGAACAUGAGAUCAGGAAGUUGACUGGAGACACCAGUUUCUCCAUCCCUUACUGGGACUGGAGAGAUGCUCAGGGCUGUGACGUGUGCACGGAUGAUCUGAUGGGGGCCCGGAGCCGCCAGGACCCCUCUCUCAUUAGCCCCGGCUCUGUCUUCUCUUCUUGGAAAGUCCUGUGCUCCCAGGCAGAGGUCUACAACACUAGGGGGGUUCUGUGUGAUGCCAGCGAAGAGGGCCCGAUACGCCGUAACCCUGGAAACCACGAUCAGAAUCUGGUGGAAAGAUUACCAACAUCCGCUGAGGUUGAGUUCACUCUCAGUCUCCCUAAUUAUGACACUGGAGCAAUGGACCGCACCGCCAACAUGAGCUUCAGGAACACCUUGGAAGGUUUCGGGGACCCUCGGACCGGGUUGGGCAGCAGUUCUCGUUUGGGUAUGCAUGCUGCUCUGCACGUGUUCAUGAAUGGAUCCAUGUCGUCAGUGCAGGGUUCUGCAAAUGACCCCAUAUUUAUUCUCCACCAUGCUUUUGUGGACAGCAUUUAUGAACAGUGGCUCAGGAGACACAGACCGGCUCCCUCCCAGUAUCCAGAGUCGAACGCUCCAAUAGGGCACAACGGUGAUUACCACAUGGCACCGUUCCUGCCACUCCACAGGAACAAAGAGUAUUUUAUUUCCAGCAAAGAGCUCGGAUACGAGUACUCUUACUUGCUAAAUGCCAACCAAAGAUUUGCAGAAUCCAUGCGUCCUUUCCUGGAGGAGAUUCAGGAUGUGUGGCCCUGGAUUUUACUUGCAGGGCUUUGUGGAGGAAUUAUAACGAUCAUCAUCGCUGCUGCCCUCCUGAUCACAAAAAGAAAGUACAAAGGAAUGCUGUGGUCUUCUGGGAAAAGUUGGAGUAAUGUCUUUUCCCUUCCAGAACGACAGCCUCUUAUCUGGGGCAAUGACACAAAAGAAGCCAACCACCACAAUUACCAAACAACUAUGUAAAAAAAUGCAGCUUAUUCUGUUCAUUUGACCUAAAAUGCACAAAAUGUGUUGAAAUUCUGCAUUUAGAAAAUAAAAAGAAUAUUUUAAGAA